UGAGUUACAACUUCUUUGGGCUGAUUUGGAUAUCUCGCUUGCUGCCUGUUUGUCUACAUCUUGCCGACACCUUUCGCAGCCUAGCCCCCCACUCUCGUCCAAAUAAUCAACAGGAACGUCCAUAAUCAUCUCCGCCUCCUUAUAAUAGCUACCUCUUCCCACGGAACCUUUCUUUCCACUUGCUUCACAGAUAUCCUAAUACGUCACAACAACUCGAGUGCUAACCAGUUGACUGCCGCCAUGGCUUCGAAUCGAAACCGACGUAUUGCGAAGGAAAUCGCCGAUAUCCUUAAUGAUACUCACUCCCAAGUGACCGCAGAACCUGUAGGUUCAGAGGAUGACUUGACGCAUCUCCGAGGGUCUUUUCGUGGCCCACCCGGAACACCUUACGAAGACGGCACCUUCUUUGUUGACAUCAGAAUACCGACUGAGUAUCCUUUUCGACCGCCUGUCAUGAAAUUCGAGACCAAGGUUUGGCAUCCGAACGUCAGCAGCCAAACUGGCGCGAUUUGCCUUGACACUCUUUCUUCUGCUUGGUCUCCCGUUCUCACGAUAAAGUCUGCUCUCCUCUCGCUACAGUCCCUUCUCAGCACACCGGAACCCAAGGACCCUCAAGAUGCGGAGGUUGCCAAUAUGCUUUUACGGAAGCCCAAAGAAUUCGAACGUAUGGCAAGGGAAUGGGCAAUAAAAUAUGCUGGCGCCCCCAAGAAACAAGUCGCGGAGGGUAGUGGAGGUGCGACUGAUGCAUCCAUCAGAGAGCAAGAACGAAAGGCUAGGGAAGAUGAGGAGCGCGACGCUCUUGCUGCAUACGAUGGAUAUAACAAAGAUCUUGUCGACCGGUUCUGCGGUAUGGGAUUCGAUGUUGAUCGAGUCGUGGCCGCUUUCAAAUAUGUUGGCAUUGACCGCAACGAAGGCGAGGAUUAUGAGCUUGAAGGAGAAUAUGUAGGCGAUAUUACUGCGCACCUUCUAGGUGAGCCAUGAUUUACGCAUUUAUGGGACCAUUGCAUUAGCAUCUCUGUGGUAAUUGGUGGUUGAAUGAGCGUAUGGAGCCCGGCGAAUUCAGAGUUUUUUGA